AUGGUCCCAGCCCCAAUUGACCCCAGCAUCAAGGAUGUCGCCGAACCCAUCAAAGACACUCUCAAAAUCCCCAACCCAGCCAAACAGCGUCUGGAGAAAUCGGGUAUAGACCUCUCCAAAGGCUAUCCCUAUCGUCCUUCUCGCCCCUUGUAUCUUGAUGAUGUCUACAAGAUUCGAGACAAGCCUCGCGAUCACAUCGAUGCAGGCGCUCGAGCUGACAAGUCUAAGAAGAGCCUUUUGUCCGCUGCGACUAAAGUCACUGAUCUGACUGCAUACAUCGGAACUGAGAUUGAGGGUCUUCAGUUGAAGGAUCUCACUAAUCAGCAGCGAGAUGAACUGGCUUUGCUUAUUGCGGAGCGAAGUGUUGUGUUUUUCAGAGACCAGGAUCUUUCGCCGCAGCAGCAGAAGGAGCUUGGAGAAUGGUACGGUGAAGUUGAAGUUCAUCCCCAAGUCCCUCACGUCCCUGGCGUUCCAGGUGUAAGCGUCCUCUGGCCCGAUCUCAUGGCCACAGAGCGCCCAGCCAGUUUCCGUCAACCUGGCGGUGCAUCUCGCUGGCACACAGAUCUAGUGCACGAGAAGCAGCCAGCAGGCAUCACGCAUCUUCACAACGAUACUAUUCCAUCUGUCGGCGGAGAUACUCUGUGGGCUUCAGGUUACGCUGCAUACGAGAAGCUGUCCCCAGAGUUCCGUAAGAUCAUUGAUGGCCGGGAGGCUGUUUACCGCUCUGCUCAUCCCUACCUGGACCGUGAUCACCCCGAACAAGGUCCAAAGUAUAUUGAGCGUGUUCAUCCCAUCGUUCGCGUUCAUCCUGCUACAGGCUGGAAAGCUCUUUGGGUGAACCGCGCAAUGACGGAUCGAAUUGUCGGUCUUGAUAGAGCGGAGAGCGAUGUCAUUCUCAAUUACCUGUAUGAUGUCUAUGAGCAGAAUGUCGAUAUCCAAGUGCGCUUCAAGUGGACACCAAGAACUUCAGCGCUUUGGGACAAUCGUAUCACUAUUCAUAACGCCAGCUGGGAUUAUAGCGGACGCGAGCCGCGACACGGUACGCGCGUGACUUCUUUGGCGGAGAAGCCGUACUUUGAUGCAUCGGCGCCAACUCGUCGUGAGGCGUUGGGACUGUUGGGAGAUAGUGAGAAGAAGGAACUGGAGGCGUUGAAGUAA